AGAUGACCCGAAAUCAAGAUAGUUCGUGGACGUUGUGUGCAAGCAAGGGCCAAUCGUCGACCUCAGAUGUGAUGCCCCCGAGCUCUACUGAAAGUUCAAACGUCAUGUUCAUGCCUCGAUGAUCCCUGUCAUCAUUCACUUCCCUACGGCAUGUGUUCACAUUGAUGCGAUUCGGAUUACCGGAACGGCCAUGCGGCAACGAGACGAUCAACACAUGCUCACUCUGUAGAGUCACCCCAGGCCGUCCUUCUUUCAUCGCCUCCACGAUGGACCACAGAUCAGCCUACCAGCCUACCUUCAGUAACCCAGACGCCGACGCUGUCUUAUCUUCGCUCGACGGUACCCUAUACCGCCUCCCAUCCUCAGUCUUACGACGAACCACCACGUUCUUCGCUUCAAGCUCUUUCACAUUCGGACCAGAUGGCGAAUCUAUACCCAUCCACGAACACGAUGUCAUUCUUGAACGACUGCUACGGAUUAUCAGCGGUUUGGCAAUCCCACCUUGGCGCACAUUUGACGAACUUGAAGGCGUGCUUAGUCUAGCGGAGACGUGGGGAGCGAGAGGUGCACUGGAUAUCGUUCGCGCAUCGAUAACUGCCCCGGUAUUCCUGCGGGAGCCACUCCGGGUGUAUGCGAUAGCGACGAGGUUAGGGUGGGAAGAGGAAGUCGCGCUUGCAUCGAAGCAUACACUGAGUUUAUCUCUGAAUGACGAGCAGCACCAGGAGGCACUGCAGCGGAUUCCGACGCGUUCGUUGGUCAAGCUGUUCAAGUUUCACCGGAAGAGGCGAGAUGAGUUCCAGAAGGGUAUGGAAUGGGACGCGAGGUGUGGGGGUUGCGAUAGAUCGGUUGACGGGUCGGUGUGGGUGGCGCUGGUGUGGAAGAUGUUUUGGGAUAUGGAUGCGAGGCCGUCAGGGGAUAGGCUGUGUUCGCUGGAGAUAGAGGAGUGGCCGGAGAUGGAGGCUUGUCUGUCCGAAAAAUGCCCGGGAUGUGGAAGGUUUGUGUAUGAUAGGUUGGAGGUGCUCGAGAGGGUGAGGAAGUGUCUGGCUGAGUUGCCGGAUACGGUGUGAGGUUAGGGUGACUCGUUAUUCUUUUGGUUUUCGCUAACGUUGUGCUCGCUAGUGGUGCCGGAGGAACGACCAGUUUUUCUCGUUGAUACAGUUUAUUCUUUGAUAUAUCAAUGCAUAUACUUACGAAAGCAGUA